GGGGGAAACGGGGCCCGGGUGGGAUGGAGCUUCUGCGGGGGCGGGGGGCGGGGGGCUGAGAGGUCGCACCUGGAGGGGGCGCGCGGGGGGCGCGCGGGGGGCGGAGACUCGCUCGCUCCCGCCCCGCCUCCCCCACGCGGCGGCGGAGUCGGCGGGCGGCGCAGCUCGGCGCGGCCGCUAGGGUGUCGGCCGCUGGGGUGUCUGUCGGCAGCUGCCGCGGCCCGCGCCGCCUUCUCGGCCGCGUCUUCCGGCCCGAGCCGCCCCGGCAGGCUGGAAAGUUGGGGUGCGGGCGCCGACAUGCCCGGCAGCGACACGGCGCUCACCGUGGACCGGACCUACUCCGACCCGGGCCGGCAGCAGCGCUGCAGGAACCGGGUGGAGCGUCAUGACAUGAAUACCCUCAGCCUGCCCCUGAACAUCCGCCGAGGCGGGUCAGACACCAACCUUAACUUCGACGUGCCCGAUGGCAUCCUGGACUUCCACAAGGCCAAGCUCAACACGGACAGCCUGAAGCAAAAAAUCCUCAAGGUGACGGAGCAGAUCAAGAUCGAGCAGACGUCCCGAGAUGGGAACGUGGCCGAAUACCUGAAGCUGGUCAACAGCGCGGACAAGCAGCAGGCUGGCCGCAUCAAGCAAGUCUUUGAGAAGAAGAACCAGAAGUCUGCCCACUCCAUCGCCCAGCUGCAGAAGAAGCUAGAGCACUACCACAGGAAGCUCAAGGAGAUCGAGCAGAAUGGGGCCGCCCGGAGCUCCAAGGACCUGAAGGACAUCCACCGCUCUCUGAGAGACGCCCAGGUGAAGUCGCGCACGGCCCCCCACAGCAUGGAGAGCAGCAAGUCGGGCGGCAUGCCGGGGGUGUCCCUCACCCCGCCCGUGUUCGUCUUCAAUAAGUCCAGGGAGUUCGCCAACUUGAUCCGUAACAAGUUCGGCAGCGCCGACAACAUCGCUCACUUGAAGAACUCCUUAGAGGAGUUCCGGCCCGAGGCUGGCGCCCGGGCCUACGGGGGCAGCGCCACCAUCGUGAACAAGCCCAAGUACGGCAGUGACGACGAGUGCUCGAGCGGGACGUCGGGCUCCGCGGACAGCAACGGGAACCAGUCCUUUGGGGCCGGCGGGCCCGGCCAGCUGCACAGCCAGGGGAAGCUCACCAUGGUCCUGGAGGAGCUGCGGGAGAUCAAGGAGACGCAGGCGCAGCUGGCAGAGGACAUCGAGGCGCUCAAGGUGCAGCUCAAGAGAGAGUAUGGCUUCAUCUCUCAGACCCUGCAGGAGGAGAGAUACAGGUACGAGCGGCUAGAGGACCAGCUGCACGACCUGACGGACCUGCACCAGCACGAGACGGCCAACCUGAAGCAGGCGCUGGCCAGCGUCGAGGAGAAGGUGGCCUACCAGGCCUACGAGAGGUCCCGGGACAUCCAGGAAGCCCUGGAAUCUUGCCAGACUCGCAUCUCCAAGCUGGAGCUCCACCAGCAGGAGCAGCAGGUUCUGCAGACAGACACGGUGAACGCCAAGGUCCUCCUGGGCAAGUGCAUCAACGUGGUCCUGGCCUUCAUGACCGUCGUCCUGGUGUGUGUGUCGACCAUCGCCAGGUUCGUCUCGCCCAUGAUGAAGAGCCGCUCCCACAUCCUGGGCACCUUCUUUGCUGUGACUCUCCUUGCCAUAUUCUGCAAAAACUGGGACCAUAUUGUGUGCGCCGUGGAACGGAUAAUCAUACCAAGAUGAAGCCGCGGGGGCCUGGCCUCAAGUCCUUUCAAGCUUUCAUUAUUUUUUUCCCAGAGAACUCUGUGCGUACAACCAAAUCUUGAAAAUGAACAUGUGUGCCAAUGGAAGGUGGCAAGGAGCACUGGGGCUGUGCUCGUAGAUACCCGCAGCUCUGUGAACCCCGUAGCAGCUGCCGGCUCAGUCCCCGUCCUUGGUUAAUGUGAAUCCUUUCCAAGCCCCCCACACUGCUCACUGCCUUAAUCAGACCAGACUUCCUGCCCACCUGUUUAGCCCAACAUGGUAAACCGUGGUCGCUGAGCACUUGGUCUAACUUGUGACCCAAAAGAGGGGACUGCUUCUUUUGAAACCUCCCUCUCCCUCAAGUCUGUAGAAGUUGACUUCACUGUUCCCAGGUGUGGCCUUUCUUUCCCCCCCUGUAAACAGCAGAAAAGGUGGCUCUCCUCGGGCGAAGGAGGAAGCACCUGCCAGUGGCCUGUGGGAGCCCAGUUAAAGCCCAGGCAGUCACCCCACUUGUCCACAGAUGCUCCCGGGGCCCCCUGUGUACCCAGUGUCCAUGUGGUCGGUCCUGUGUGACUUUCUGUAACAUGGAAACCAUAUAUCACACCUGUCUACCCACUAAGAGUCUGACUAGGUGUUGUGUCGCACUGUCUGCUGUAAGGCGGGCUUUUCCCUCUUAAUGUCCAGGGAGCCACACCUCUGACUUGUGAAAGUGGCCGCAGGCUAUCUGGCCUUCAGAGCCUGCAGAGAUGCCUCCAACCCCCAUGUCCGGCCGUGACUCUCCCCUGACUCUGGGGCCCAUAAACACUGCUCUGGUCGUGGCUUUCAGCAGCCUCGGCUCUGACAGCCCCCCCCCCCCCCCAGGACGUGGUUCAUUUUCUCUGUAGGCCCACAGGGCUCAGAGCACACUGCAGACACGUGCUGGGCGAGGCUCGCGCUGCUGGCUCAGGGUCAGCAGGGUCAAGGGCUGUAGCGCUCAGGUGCACUGAGGUGGGGGCCCAGGGACAGGAGGGAGGUAGGAUGCCGAGAGACCAGCCAGAAUGGGAGCCCAGAGGCGCUCACUGCAAACAGCUCCAGGGCUCACCCAGUAGCCACCCCCCCCCAGGUGAAAGCACCCAGAAGCCAACCUCUGUCACCAUUUGGGGUGGGGCCAGGGGGUUGCCCUUGGCUCUCUUCAAGCCCAGGCAAUAACUUUCAGUUAACUGCUUCUCUGUACAGACAGGAACAGGAAGAAACACCCAGGAGGUUUGAAUGGCGGUUGGGUGGCAACCCCCCACCGCAUGCACCCCCCGCCCCCCGUCUGAAGGCAGGAAGACACAGAGGAGUGCUCAUUCUCUCUCUCCCAGGGGCAUCCAGGCCGCCUGCACUGAAGUUGAGUGAGGUGUUUCUCAAGCAUUGACGGCGCGCAGUGGUCCGAGAGCGUGGAGCAGCCAGGGCGCGGGUGCAGCUCAGCGGGUGUGAGGGGCUCAGCGCUACACGGCCCAAGCUCCCUGCUUUUGUCUUUCUCAAGUUGACCGUUCAAUCCACUAGUCAACCCACUGUCACCACUGUUGAGUUUCAGGCGAAAGCUUUUCUUUUUUUAAACAAUAAACAUCAUUUCUUUAAAA